ACAAAAAAUAUUAAAAAAAAAAAGUAAAAUCAAAUCAGAUUAGACAUCUAAUUUUUCAUGAUUCGUGAUCCGAAUCCGUCAUCAAAAUUUUCGGAUAUCCAAUCCAAAAUUUAAAAAAUCGGAUUGGGUAUAGUAUCCGCCUUUUUGGGUCGGAUCAGUCGGAUCGCAAAUCGGAUUUUUAAGCCCACCCCUUGUGGUGUACAAGUUCAAUCGACUCGGGGCAAGAGUAGGACUCCAAGUCUCCAAUGUAAAAAAAAAAAUAAAAAAAAAAAUUAAUGAAUAACACAAACACGAACAGUGAAGGGUCGCAACAUAAUUUGGAUUAAAACAACAAAAUCCGAGAUCAGAAAUCAAUUUUCUGGAAAAGAAAAAAUACUACUAAUUGCAUAAAUUGAUGGGAAACUCAGAAGAUGCUAUUUUAUCUCUGCCUUGUCCUCAAAGACCCCUCUUCUCUCUUUCUCUCUCCUCUAUUUUUCUCUUGAUUUAGGAUUCCAGAUUCGAAGACCCCAUUAAAACCACAAAAAACUUUUGAACAAAAAAAGAUUGGAAAUUUUUAUUGACCCAAAAACUUUGAUUGGAUUUUGGAGUUGUAUACACUACAUGGAAGAUUCUAACGAAGUACAAUGUGAAGAAAAUAAAGCACUUCCGGAGAAGAACAAGAAAAGGCGGUUCAAGACACCGUACCAGCUUCAAGCUUUGGAGGAUUUUUAUAAUGAACAUAAGUACCCAACUGAGUCCAUGAAGGCAGAGCUUGCAGAGAAUAUAGGUCUGACUGAGAAGCAGAUUUCUGGAUGGUUUUGCCACCGCAGAUUGAAGGAUAAGAGAAUCAUAAAUGGUGAGCUAAACCCACCUGGCAGACAGGAACUUUCAAGUGGUGUUAUACAAGAUCGUGGUAGUGGGCUAAAACAGGAUUCAUGCAGUAGCACCAAACAAGGUGAUUAUAGGCUUGCUGAUUUGAGGGAGGUCGAGAGUCGGAGGUUUGGUAACAAUGAUUUUCCUGCUGCCGAGAUAAACUAUGAACAAAGGGUGCUUGAUGAUGGAAUUGAGAUGGAUGAUACAUCUUCAGAAAGUAAUUCAGCUCUGCAGGGUAGCUUUUACCCCCAUAAAAGGAGUUCUUUGGAGGUCGAAACAACAGAAUAUCGGGUACCAAAUGGACUUAUAGCUCAAAAUAAGAGGCGUGUGGGACCCUCAGGAUACUUGAAAAUCAAGGGUCAGACGGAAAAUGCUGCUGUAACUGCAGUCAAGAGACAACUAGGAAGGCAAUAUCAAGAGGAUGGUCCUCCCCUUGGAAUUGAAUUUGAUCCACUUCCUCCAGGUGCGUUUGAAUCACCAAGCAAGAAUGCUAAUUCUGAUGCUUAUGGAGUUUCAGUACCUGUUGGCUCUAGCUCUCUUGAUAUUGGUGCCAUUCACAAGCGACCCAGCCUUAGCACAAUACGAAAUCAGGACAAGUUUGUUGCUCCUGCUGAUUACAGAUCCUUGCAUAAGACAGACUCAGACAGUUUCUCUUACCGCCAACCUAAACAGAAGUCAACUUAUCCUAAUCAAGGACGUGUACUUCCAGCACAUAAAUCAUCUUGUGUGGCCUCUUACUCUGCUAGAGAAAGCUCAGAUUAUGAUGGCAGUAUGAACAACAGUAUCCUGCGUAAGCAUGGACCAUCAGGUAUGGGAUCUGAUGGCGGAAAAUUUACCAGUGAACCAGAGGAGCCCUGGUGGAAUGAUUACGACAACGGGAAUUCUGUGGCUGUCCGUACAAGGGAACGAUUAGAUUCCAGGUCUGCUGCUGCACCAGUUAGGAAUAAGGACCCCAUAGAUAAAGAAGACAGAGUACCACCUAGCAGGAUAAUGAAGGGAUGGCAGGAUGAAGAAUUUUAUGCAGAGAGAAGACCGAUAGUUGAUCAUCAUGAUUCAAUCAGAUCGAAAAUGAGUCCAAAUGAGCUUAGAGCUAUCAAAAGAGGGAGAGAAGAGUUGCGACAGGAAGGUUAUGUUGCUAUCAAACCAUCAUCUCAAGAGCCACCGCAGUGGUCAAGACAGAUUAGAGGACCAAUAGAAAUGCCAUCGAGUUUCAGUGAAGAUGAGACUGCAGAAACUAGCUCCUCUAUGGACUGAGAAUAUGUAAUGUCAAACAUGGUAAGAUUUCAGAUCAGGCCUGGCCGAAAAGAAUUUUAAUGCAAGUGAGCUCGCAGUUCGGGUUUGAUGAAAGUGUUUGCACCCUCAGAAAGUACAUUGGUGGGUUGUACAGCUGGUUAGAUGGAACAGCAUUGCUCUAUGCCCCCAUCAAAGUCCAAACCUAUGUCACUCUCUUCCCCCCCCCCCCCCCCUCCCUCCUGCUCCUUUAGCGAUGUCCUUUUUGGCAAGAUUGCUUGAUCAACUUUUGUCGUUAAGAUUGAUCACUCAAUCAAUCCUGGCCCUGUCAUAUAUUGUGUAAAUUAUCUGAUUUGUUCUUGUUUAGAAACUAAUUUUGUUAUGCACCUGCAAGUUACGUUGCACGUGCUGUUUUGCCUAUGUCACGGCUUAGGUUUCUUUUGUUAGUGUUGAUUAAUCUAUCUGUUUUCCGAUGUAUCUCAUGGGUGCUUUUAAUUUGUUCA